AUCCCAGAAGAAAUGAGCAGAUGUCGGAAUUCUUAUACAGAACAAGAUCUUAGACCUCUCAGCUUUGAGGACUUGGGACGAACCAACAACUCGGAGUCUGCCAGUUAUCAUUCUUAUAUCCAGGACUGUAUGGAUGAUUUUUUCAAGGAAAUAAAGGAUAAAUUUAAAGGCUGGGUCAGUUGUCCCACCCCAGAACCAGCAGAACUUGCCUAUAAAAAGGUUUGUGAAGGGCCACCUCUACGGCUAUGGAAAUCCGUGGUGGAAAUCCCUGCGACGCCUGAAGAAGUAUUAAACCGUAUCAUUAAAGAACAGCAUCUUUGGGAUGAAGAUCUUUUAGAUGCUAAAGUCAUUGAGACUUUGGAUAGCCAGACUGACGUUUAUCAAUUUGUACAAAACAACAUGGCGCCCCAUCCAGCAAGGGACUGUGUCAUCCUCAGGACUUGGAGGACCAAUCUCUCUAAGGGAGCAUGCGCGCUCUUAGGUUUCUCAGUGGAACAUGACCAUGCGCCCGUCCUUGGUAUUAGAGUGAAUGUGCUGUUGUCCAGGUAUCUCAUUGAACCUUGCGGGAUAGGAAAAUCCAAACUCACCUAUAUGUGUCGGAUUGAUUUAAGGGGACACAAGCCUGACUGGUACACAAAAGCAUUUGGGCACUUGUGUGCAGCUGAGGUCGUGAGGAUUAGAGACUCUUUCCUUAAUCAAAAUCUUGAAGCUAAGGAACCAACAUCCAGGUGAUGGAUCAAGUGGACCAGCACAGCACCGGCCUGCCUAGAGAUUUUUGGGGAAGGUUGAUUAUCCGCCCCGGGACUGAUCAUAUAUUCAUUGGGUCCUGAAGAGAAACUUUCUGGAAUGGGUCUGAGAUUGUUCAUCAAAAUUAGGUGACAAUCCCUAGUGUUUUUUUUUUAAAGCUGCUUUUUUUGUCUGUGUUAGGCCUAUAGUGUAGGUCUUAACUGGAAAAGUUUGGAUGGUGCAACUUUUUUUUUAAAAGGUAAGGUUAAUGUUUGCUUAGGUGCUGUGAAUUGCUUCUGAGAAGCAAAGCUCUAAGACUUAAAUAUAUUUCUGAAAUAUAGUGAAAAUUAUUCAUUCCUAUGUUAUGUUAGCUUUAUGUAUGUAUCUGUAUGUCAUUUGUGGAGGGACUGCUGCAGCCACUGGAUUUGGUGUGUUCCUCGGUGGAUUUUCACGAGAGUAAGUGAAGGAAGGUUUGCACGAAGGCAGAGGUGUGAAUGAUUGUCUAACUUGUUGACUGGAGUAUGAAGAGCCCAAAUGGUAGAACCAGAGUGUCUGGCACACUUGGAAGGCAUUGGAAAAUAAUUUAGCAGAUGGGGAAAGAAUUGGCCUAGAAUCUGACUGAGCGACCCAUUACGAGCCUCAACUCUUCAUUCCUCUGAGUUGCUUAUUACUCAUGUGUGCAUCUAAAAAUUGAAAAGUGUGGCAGGGCAAAGAAUGGUAAAAAAAGCAGAACACUUGACACUUAUUUAAGAAAGCCAAUACGGCAAUAAUUUUUCAUGUGCUCCCAGUUGACCUCAGCUUUUCAUAGCUGCCAUAUGAGAAUACAGCCACAUGUUUGCCAUGUGUCAGAUUUUAUCUUCUUUGGAAUACUUUCUUAACAAUCUGUAAAGAGCAUCUCAAGAAAAUGUGAAUGAAGUGGCAGCUCCAGAAAAUCACUCCAAGUCUGAAUGUCUUGGAAAGAACCGUACAUCGAUCCUGAUCUAUAGGAUUCCAAGGAUAAGAGAUGAUGUGGGGUGUGGAAGGACAUGCGUACAGCGUUUUUAAAGAAGCUGUGUGUUUUCUUAGUGAAUGCCCACAGUUGCGGCAGAAAUCAAAGAAAGGUAUCUUUUGGUUUAAAGCAAUGCCAGUGCUUCAUAUGUGCUACCAAAUCACUUUUGCCUAACACCUAUUAUUUUAGUAUUUGUUCACAUGUUAAGAUACAAAUAGAAGCCUAAACAACAUCUUUGUUUAAUUAACAUAGGAAUAAAUGCUUGUAGUUUGGGAACAGGGCCAAAACUGCUUUCCAUAGCUGAAAAGGACAACACUGAAAAAUAUCAUAACUGGAACAUUAUAAAGUUCUGAAGUGUUUCCGCAUAGCAGCUACUACUCCUAGGAGUUAAACAUGUUCAUAUAACCCAUUCCAUUUUAACCAUAUAACCUCAUUUAUCGACAAGGUUUGGGGGAAAAUAUCCCCCAAAUUUAGAAGCAAUGUAGCUGGAUAAAAAUGAAUAUUUGUGCCACAAAAUUAUAGGACAUAAUGGAAAGAACUGCAGGUUAAGAUAAACAGAUUAAAAUGAUCAAGAGUUCUAUUGUGAACUUUGUAUAGGACAUCCCAGAAAUAUAAGCCGUGAUGGCAAUAAUAAAUGAAAAUAGGAAGAUGCAUAUACAUUUUACCAGUCUAAAAACUACAGAUUAAUUAUCCAAUGUUUGGGGGGAUGGAGAGGAGUCGAAUUAUUAUUUUGCAUGUAAUAUUGGUCAACAGUUUCUGCACAUCUUAAUGAGCAUUAUUAAUGAAUCUUUUUUAAAAGCCUUUAGAGAAUGACACUGUUUCAGUGAUUGAUUUUACUGUACAAACAACAAAGCACAGGGAAGAUAAAUACUGUCCUUCCUUCUUGUUACAGAAUAUAUAUACUUUAUUCCAAUGCACUGACUUGAUGUGAAGAAUAGAAAAUCAUUGUAAUCCAUGGUGUUAAAUAACUGGUGUUAUGUAAUUCAAGGGUAAAAAUCUGCCCCAAAAGCAGGACAUCAUGUCUUGCUGUGAAUCCAGCCCUCACCCCUUUCCAUACCUCCAAUGGUGCCCCGCUAUAAAAACUACACUUUGAUUGACGGAUGCACGACUCAGGUGUGAAUGCUAUGAAAUAAAAUGAAAGGUGAUUUAUUUGUAUAUUUGGAAUGAAAUCAUUGUACAGAUCCAUUUGAGAAUAACUAAAACCAACCCCUUGCAGAUAUAAAUUACUGCCAAGAUGUAUGUUGUAACCAAAGAUGACGUGAAAUUGACAGUCGGGGUGCUUUGUUCAUUCCGAAAAGACCUGUGCAAUUUCCACCUAGUCUUCUUUCCUAGCCUUGGGACUGUGGCAUAUUUGGAAGAAGCUCUUAGAUACCAUUGUCAGUAUUAUUGUUAUUGUUGUUAUUAUUAUUUUCAUAGAGUGUUUGUGAUGACUUCUGAAAGCAUUAGGAAGAGCUCUUCCUAAUUCUGCACCUGUACUAAUGCCACCUUGGGUUGCUUUUGAGUCUCUUUAUUUUCCCUCUGUCCAAUCUAUAAGCAGUAUUGUGCCAAGAGAGGAGGAACUAUGUGGCGGGUUAGAAUUCUUCCUUGUAUCUGUUUCAG